GAGGACAUUAUCACAAACCUGAGUUCACAGAUAACUGAGCUCCAUUUUUUAACUCUCUGGUCACUUAAGGUCUGAACUAAUUAAAGGUUAUCUCUAGUCAAACGACGAAGAUGUGUUAAGUAUCUUGAGAUUUUGCCAUGACUGCUAUACGAGAAUUGCAAACAUUUAUACUUUGAAACUAACCAAAACAGAAAAAUGCUUUUAAUUUCAAUUUUGUUCUGUUUUAGUUUGUGCUAUUUUGGCCCAGUUACAGGUCAGCGUGGACUUAGUGUAAACAUUAUCACCAACGGCUCUUACAGCCUGUCCGUCAAUGGAGUCACCUGGCUGACCAGCGGCAACACUUUCUUCAACAAUGGAGGUCGGCAGUACUCCACGGCUGACAAAAGUCUCUCGCUUCUCAGCUGUACAGCCACGUCAGGCAGGGACGGCAUCGGCCAGUGGCAGAGCACGAGCUUCAACUACCAAGCUGGAUCACUUCAGGUCUCAGCAUCUAUCAAGACGUACAACAUGCCAGACUUGCCUCUGGUGAUCUUUUCUCAGACAUACACAGGCUCAGCCAAUCGAGCAGCAGGCAGUGACAGUGACCACGUGAUCAGCAGUUUUCCCAGCUUCAAAACAUUUCCAGGAAGUCCAACAGAUCUUGGAUAUUUAGCCUAUGGAGGCUAUCACUCUGGAUACAGUGGAUUAAGCAUGGGAAGAUGGCAGUCUAGUGCAUCAUUUGCUACAGGAAAACAAGGGGGACCACUCGUUAUUUUCGACAAUUCUAGUAACGCUUUGGUUAUUUCCCCUAUGUCCCAGUUUAUGGCCGCCUCCAACCAACUUUCACUUGUUCGUCAGGAGUUAAACUACGGAAUUAUGGGCCUUGUUGACAGCGUGCCAGCCAAUUACAGCGUUGAUUUCAUUGUGUACUACAGCAACAGGGGCAUCAACCAGGCAAUGGCAAGCUGGGGCAAAUUUUUACUGUCACUGUAUCAGAAGAAUUCAUUCCGUAGACAGUUUGAUACAACAUUAAGCUACAUGGGCUAUUGGACUGAUAAUGGUGCCUAUUAUUAUUAUAACCCGGAGAAAGGCAAGAACUACGAGACUACAAUACUGGAUGUUAUGAAUUAUGUCAACAGUGAGAAUAUUCCUUUUCAAUAUACUCAGUACGACUCCUGGUGGUAUGACAAAGGUCACGUAGGUGGUGCGUUGACAUGGACUCCUACAGCAGACGCCAUACCUGACGGAUUCGGUUACUUAGCUAACAAGACCAAGGUACCGUUUUCCUGCCAUAACCGUUUUUGGGACAACCAAACAGCGUAUGCCCAAUACAAUGGUGGAAAGUAUUUGUUUGUAUCUGACCAGGGCAGUGGACUGGCUGUACCUGAUGAUGACCAAUUCUGGAUUGAUCUGUUUAAUAUGACACAACGUUGGGGUCCUUUUAUAAUGUAUGAACAGGACUGGCUGCAAAAAGAAACGGACGAGAACAAAAUCAUCCUCACUGACCUGGAUAUCGGGCGGAAGUGGUUGGUGGGUAUGGGCAGAGGAGCGGAGACUUUUGGAGAAAUUUCCAUUCAAUAUUGUUCAGCGUACAGCAAACAUAUCUUACAGUCUCUGGAGAUACCGACAGUCACUCAGACUCGAGUAAGCCAUGACUACAACCCAGGUCUUCGUCAAUGGGACAUAGGCGUCACCUCCAUGUUUGUUGACGCCGUAGGCUUGGCUCCAUACAAAGACACUUUCUGGACAACUCAGAAACAACCCGGAAGUCCGUAUAAAACUAUGACUGAGCCUCAGCCCGAGUUACACAGUGUCCUGGCAACUUUGAGCACAGGUCCAGUAGGACCAGGAGAUGGCAUUGGAUUCAUUAACCUUACGGUACUGAUGAGAUGCUGUGACUCUAGUGGCCAAAUACUUCAGCCCAGUAAACCAGCUACUGCUAUUGAUGACCAAAUAAAAAAGAGAGCAUUCUCUUCCUAUCCCGGACCAGAUGGCGAGGUCUACACAACCUACACCAACAUCUCAGGAUACGCCUUCGGCAUCGUACUCGCCGCUGAUCUGAAAAACAGCUACGCCCUAACACCGUCCAGUGGAUGGACAUCCGGUCAAUUACCUCCAAGUGUGAUCUACUCUGGUACUUCCUCCACCAAGAUUCCUGUGGUUUUCUCUGACACCAACCCGCUCUAUCUCGGCCCAGAAUGCACUCCAGUGAACUUCUGCUUGUAUUAUACGUCACCCAUUCUACAACUUGGAGUCCGCACCAGGGUUAUCCUUCUUGGUGAGACCAGCAAGUGGGUACCACUGUCUGUGAAACGUUUCUACUCCAUCCAGAGGACUAUGGAUGACAUCGUUCUGACUCUCCUGGUCAACGCCUUUGAAGUUGUGACUUUCAGCUACAUGGUAGAUUUCGGCCCUGUCCAGACCAUCUUGUGUGACAACAGUCAAAGUUCGAAUCCAGCUUUCGUUAGUACUAUCAGCAUCUUGCAAAAGCAGUGCACUAUUGUGUAAAUGAUUACCAUUUUGUAUGAUCACCUUUUUGAUCUCUUGAUUUUUCUUUAAAAAUAAAAUAUCUGGAUACUGUCUUUGUCAUGUAUGUGGUGUGUAGAAGUAAGGGGAAGAGAUAGGUGAAAAACUUCAAAGUAGUGAUGCACUACGACCCGCUGGUCACUACCGGCCCAUCAUGCAAUGAGAUCCGGCCCUUGACACAUGAGUUGGAAGUGACAUGGCCCGUGGUCUGAAAGAGGUUGAUCAUCGUAGGGUUUAAGUAUGAAUUAUUGAUAUGUUUAGUGAUUACAUCGUUCCUUUUUCCAAUUCAUAAUGUUUUUUUUUACAAAUCUUAUAUCAACUCUCUCUGUCUGUUUGUCUGGUAUAAAGUUUGUACGCCUUAUUUCUCCCACACCCAUUCUCGGAUCAAGUUGAAACUUUGCACAAUUAUUCAUUGGCAUAGACAAUACACGAACCAAAAAAGAAGAUUAACAAAUUAGUCAUUUAAUUACCGGUAAUUAAUUAUUUUGUUUGAUACCAACAAUGGAAAUUAAUCCUUCAGUAUUCACUGAUACGGCUAAAUAUGUGGGUUUUCGUCCCCCUAGAUAAUUGAACACGUAAAUUUCUCUCGUAAUCAUUCUCGGAUGAAGUUGAAAUCGAAACAAUCAUUUAUUGCACCUAACAAUUCAUCAAUAAAGUAAAAAAAAAUUAAACAAGUAAUUAUUGGUAAUUAAGAGAGUUCUUUCCCUUAGAUAAACUAUUUUUAAUUUUUUUAGCGGCCCCCGAAAGGGGAAAAGACGCUAUUAGUUUUGUGCGAAAUGUCUGUCCGUCUGUCCGUCUGUCCGUCCGUCCCGUUUAGAUCUCGUAAACUAGAAAAGAUAUUGAAAAUCCGACAUCACAAUAUUUUAGACCAUUCAAAGUUCUGAUGCAACGGCUACUUUUUGUUUUCCUGAAAGCGAAAAAUCUAAUUUUUAAAAUUAGUUAUGCAAGCAGUUUUUUAAAGAGAAAAAGCUAAUUAGUAUGCAUUUUAAGACAGACGGACAGACAUUUCACACAAAACUAAUAGCGUCUUUUCCCCUUUCGGGGGCCGCUAAAAAUGAUAAAUCAUUGUAACGUAUUUCUUUUGUCGACUUUCUAUUCAUUGUAAAAUAAAAGUUUGGUCUUGAUUUUAAAUCACUACACACUACUUACGAUGUCUUGAAGGUAAACUUAGUAUUAAAUGUUAUCACACGUAAAAACUGGGCCUCAGAAAUUAUUAAACUAGAUCUUGACUCUCUCUAUAUAUAAACAAUUAUGCACCUACUGACAACAUUGUCUUUAUGUAGGUCAAGCAGGGAAAAGCAACUCUAUCGUGUUCUAGUUUUGAGUUUGCCAAAAGUUUACAUUUGGAAUUUCCCUUUAUUUUGAAGUCCAACUAAAACUUAGCGCAAGUUCAUGCUUGUACAGGCUUAUCAGCAUCGGGGGUCGACUGUUGAUAGAAUUAUAUGUUGUCAGCUCUAUUACCUGCUGCCUCUACCGAACCAGAUUAUUUUAAAAAUCUAAAUGUCACUUUUAAAAUUGGGCGAUUGAUUAUUUUAAAAAUCUAAGUGUAACUUUUAAAAUUGAGCGAUUGAUUAUUUAAAAAAUCUUAAGUGUAACUUUAAAAAUUGGGCGAUUGAUUAUUUUAAAAAUCUAAGUGUUUUUUUUUAAUUGGGCGAUCGAUUAUUUUAAAAAUCUAAGUGCACCUUUUAAAACUGGGCGAUAAUUUUGAUGCACAGGAGAUUUGUAUUCAUUUAGGCCAAUCUAUGAAAAGCAAGCAUCUUAGUGUAUCCGGUACAUAAAAUAGAGAAGAACUGAUCAACGAGGUAUUUGUUAUAAAUAGUAUGUAAUGACACAAUAGAAAGACGCGAAAGUUGGUUUCAAUUGAGCGUUUCUUUAGUGACGCGACAGAACAUUCAAAAGUGAGAACGGAAAUAGAUUAGAAACGAAUAACGGACGAACGAGGAGACCGGCUUGUAGUUUAGAGACGACAUUGACUGUGCCCUUAUUCUACCAUCUCUUGAAGAGCUUUUUCAUGAAAGAUGCCUUUCCAAAUCACUCUCGAUUCUUAAGGACAACCUGCACCCAUUAAACCACUGCUACAUAAGAUCUGAACGAAGUGGUCGUCUCCUUUCCAUUAAGACUAAAACAGAAAGAUUUAAAAACUCCUUUAUUCCACUUUCGGUCAGAGUGUUACAAGAUCAGCUGUCGUCAGCGAGAAGUACAUAGAAGUCUAAUUCAUAAAGCGUGGUCGAGAGGCUAAGUGCGCUUGAACUUGGCUUGUCUCGGCUACCUAGAAGAGGGCUCGAGGUUCGACACCCGACUCGGGCAGAGUUGCGUUUACUGAGCGCCUAAAGGCAGCACGGAAAUCCAACUCCUAGAUACCCCCUCCCCCCCACCGGUCCACAAAUGAGAUUGGACCAAAGCGCUCUGAGCGUGCUAUAAGCAUGAAAGUAGCGCUAUAUAAAAGCUAUAAUAAUAAUAACUCGGGCAGAGUUGCGUUUACUGAGCGCCUAAAGGUAGCACGGAAAACCAACGUCUAGAUACCCCCCCCCCCCACUGGUCCACAAAUGAGAUUGGACCAAAAGCUUCUGAGCAUGCUAUAAGCAUGAAAGUAGCGCUAUAUAAAAGCUAUAAUAAUAAUAAUGAAUUUUGUUUCUCUUUAGCGAAACUCGACCCUGGCAGCGCCAGAGAAUGACUACUCGUUCAUUUCUAACAUAAUAAUAAUAAUAAUAAAGCGCUGGUUGUGAAUGUGUGUGUGUUUCGUGUGUGAAUGUUGUUCGAAUUUUUUCAUCUAUACUGUUAUUGUACAGUAGUUAUGCUGGUGUUGUCAAUUGUAGUCAAACUGAAUUUCCAUUUCAUUGGAUCAAUAAAAUUAUCUUAUCUUAUCUUAUUCGGUAAUAAACUGUUGUUCAAGUUAAUAA